GGGAAAGUCUGUUUUGCUUUGAUGUAGACUGAUGAACUAUGGGACAUGGGAGCUGCAUACAGUGAAAUCAAGAGUGGUUCGCCUUUGACAAGCAAUUUUCUGGUUCCUCCUUUGAAAAUACAUCUGAGCAGAGAUCGCUUGCUUGCAUCUGGACUUAGUCGGUUGUGGAUCGCCGGACGUACAUUAAACGAAAAAUUCCAGACCACUCAGCCUUUUAGCUCUGAAGGGGAGAAAGCAACAGAGCGACCACUGCCUCAGUACAUCUCCCUAUUCCUGCCUGAAUUUCCACUUUGGCAGCCUGUAGGGCAACAAGAAUUAAAGAUUUUAGGAUGUGUUGCCAAAGGUUCGCUUGGACCAGUGCUUAAGGUUUUAGACUGUACCGAACAGAAGAUCUUUGCAUUAAAGGUGUUACCAAAAGUGGAAAUCUUGAGACGGAAUACACUGAAACAAUGUAAGGAAGAAGUCAGCAUACAGCGUCAGGUCAAGCAUCCAUUCAUUCAGUGUUUGGGGAACAGCUGGCAAGGGCAACAGCAUCUCUUUAUCAUGUGCUCGUAUUGCAGUUUUGGAGACCUCUAUUCCUUAUGGACUUCUUCUAAGCAUAUAGAUGAAGAUACGUUGCGGAUAUUUGCUGCAGAGUUAAUAACAGUGUUAGCAUAUCUUCAUGACUUGGGCAUUGUACAUCGUGAUGUAAAAAUGGAAAAUAUACUGCUGGAUGAGAGAGGGCACUUGAAGCUAUCAGAUUUUGGUCUCGCCAAGCAUCUGUCUUUUGGAGAACGGACAUAUACAAUUUGUGGAACCCUUCAAUAUAUGGCCCCCGAAGUACUUUCUGGAGGUCCUUACAAUCAUGCAGCUGACUGGUGGUCGUUAGGUGUACUACUGUUUGUGUUGUCAACUGGAAAGUUUCCUGUUUCUCCUGAGAAAGACCACACGGGAAUGCUGGAGAGUGUUAACCAAGCAACAUAUGAUGUUCCAACUUGCCUGAGCCAAGGGCUAUCCCACCUCUUGAAAGAGCUCCUGUGCAAAGUCCCAAAACAGCGGCUGCGAUACCUUCACCAGUUCAAAAGCCAUCGUUUUUUUCGAGGCAUUGCUUUUGACCCGAUUCUACUGCAGAAAUGUCCAGUUGAAUUUGUUAUGAUGAUGCGGAAGGCAGAAAUUGCAGAUCUCCCGGCAAGUGAUAUUUUUGAAGACUUUGACUGUGACUUAACUGGGAAUGUGCACUUUCCAUGCCCAGCCUAACGUAGAAAAGUCAAUGUCUGGUUCAUCAUUUGGCUGAAUCUUGUCUAAAUUGCAAAGACAGCUGUUAAUCCUUGGACAAAUUACUUUAUAUUAAAGUUGGGACAGAGUCUUAUCAUUAGUGAGUGGAAACCAUAUUUCUCAGGGCAGGACUUGAGCAAUUCUAGUGCAAAGUGCAACAUUGGAGAUAAACAUAAAAUCCAACUGGUAAUGCAAUAUAUUUAACAUUAUCUAAUAUUAAUUACACAGAGGGACUGGUUAGAGAGCUCAUCCAUCUACAAAGCUUAUCAAAUUGAUUCCAUAUCAUUCACUAAAUCAAAUCCCAGCUAGUAACAGAUACACGUGCAACCUUGCUGGGAUUCACCUCCACUCUCCGUGUUUGUCUGCUUCUCUAUUUAACCCCUUAAGGACCAAACUUCUGGAAUAAAAUGGAAUAAUGACGUGUCACACACGUCAUGUGUCCUUAAGGGGUUAAGGAAGGUAAAGGCUUGCUCAAUGCACUCCACAAAUCACAUCUACAUUAAACACGGGUCCUUCCCAGGCAGGCCAGGGCAGCAUUUAAGAUCAUGGCCACCCUCUUUUGCCUCUUGCUGUUGUCUUAGAGGUAGAUCUCCAGGUAAGGUGCCUCCACCAGGGCCGCCAUCAGGGGGUGACAACCAUAACGGGCCCUACACAUACUUAGGGCCACCCGAUGGACCCUAUAUCUUCAGGGCCCAGUCGGCGCUGUGGUCGUGGUUUAGGGCGACCGGGCCCCUUUUAAAAAAAGAAAAAAGCAGCCGCAAGUGGUGCUGGGAGGAAGCGGAGGAGGAGCGUGCGCGCCAGUGAAGAGGGAGCCACGCCGACUCCCAUCAUCCCCAGCCACCCUCCUGCAAAGAAAAGGUAAGAGACAGGAGAGUGGCUGGAAAAUGAGCUGUGUGUGUGUCUGUAUGUCUAUGGCUAUGUCUGUCUGUCUGCAUGCAUGUCUAUGUAUGGAUAGAACAGGAAAUAAGCGCUCGCUACACAGUGCAAAAAAGGAAUGGGCAGCAGAGAAUCUGUGAGACUUCCCAAAAAUCUUACCAAGAGAACAAUAGAUGCUUAAACGUAUAACACACAAAGAAUGAAAUGUUGCCAUGUUUUUAUUGAACACACCAUGUAAACAUUCACAGUGCAGGUGGGAAAAGUAUGUGAACCCCUAGACUAAUGACAUCUCCAA